AUGGUUGAAGCACUACGGGAUGUUAAAGUUAGAAUGCCGCAUGCAGUGAGAAAAGGUGAAAAAGCUCUACUUAAGUGCAUGUAUGAUAUGGAAGGUGAUAGCUUAUAUGCUGUUAAAUGGUAUAAAAAAGGUAGAGAAUUUUAUCGUUAUACACCAAAAGAGAAUCCAGCUAUGAAAGUAUUUGGAAUGCACGGUUUCAGAAUUGAUCGGCAAGCAUCUAAUGAAAGUCAAUUGGUAUUAGAUCAUGUAAGUUUAUCAGCAUCUGGUAAAUAUAGUUGUGAAGUAUCAGCAGAUGCACCAUCAUUUCACACAUUAAUUGGAGCUGGAGAAUUAGAUGUUGUCGAAACACCAUCUCAUAAACCGAUUAUAACAAAUAUAAGACCAAAAUAUCGUAUUGGUGAAAGUGUACGUGGAAAUUGUUCAUCGAGAAAUUCAAAACCAGCAGCAAAUUUAACAUGGUUAAUAAAUGAUCAAGAGGUUAAACCUGGUUAUGUUAAAUAUCAUAAACCAAUUAAGGAUAAAAAUGAUUUAGAAACUUCAUAUGCAUAUAUUCAAUUUGUUGUAACUGAAGAUCAUUUUCAACGUGGUAAACUAAAGAUACGCUGUCGAGCUCAUAUACAUGAUAUUUAUUCUCAAUCAACUGAAAAAAGUAUUGAAAUUGAACGUCAUAAACAUAAUUCAGUAUCAAGUGGAUCAAAUACAAUUAAUGUAGUACAUGGUUAUCCAUAUGAUCAAUAUUCAUUACAUGAUAUUGAUAAUUAUGAUAAAAAGGAUACAUUUAUGACACAUAUACAAGGUGAUGUAUCAUCAUUAAAUUCUGGUGGUAGUAGUUUAUAUAGUAUAACCAAAUUAAAUGGUGGCUUAUAUCAUAUAAUAUUAGUUGGUCUUUUAUUACAAUUAACACUUUUAGUCAUCCUAAUUUUACCUACAUAUUAUAUUGAACAGCAACAACAACAACAACAAUAUAAACCCCAAAAACAAUAUAAAGAAGAAGGGAAACAAGAAGAACAAUUUGACCAAUAUCAUAUUGGAGAGAGUAUACAGAAAGUAUUGGAGAAAGUAUUAGAGCGAUCAAUAUCGGGACGACAAUAUGUUGCGGAUUUAAUGAACGCUAAUUUUACUGAAUGA